AUGGGGGGCGUGGACCUGAGAGGUUAUAGGCAGAUGGAAGACUUGAAUGAAGGAAAUGCGGGCGCUGAUGAUGUGAGAACGGAGGACUCCAGUCAUGAGGGGAGCGGGCAACGGUCUAGCCCAGUGGUGAGCAUGGAGGUAGAGGAAGAAAGCCGUGAGCGCCCAUCUGUGGAAAGUGACUCAUUGUCAAAGAGGGAGCUGUUUAAGAUCAUCGCUGACCAGGAUAAGGCAAUAGCCAUGCUUCGGAGGGAAUUGGAAGGAGGAAAGACCGUCGAUGCAAGAGAGUACAGCCCCCUGGUGAGGAAGCGUGAUAGGCUCGUGGAUGAUUCAGAAGUUAGCGAGUACAGGCGCCCAUACUAUGAAGGGCCGAAUGUGGAAUUUACACCACCUAGGCGUCCGGGUGUGUGGAGGGCGCUUGGAGAGUUGGCCACCUCGGGACGAGAGGAGCAAAACCCAUGGAUGCCUAGACGCCAGACCAGGCGCUUUGGGAUCAGGCAACCUCUAGCGCAAAGCGUCCUGAUGGAACCAGCAGGAACUACCCUCCCGCCUCUGACGCCACGCUAUGCAAGGUGUUCCCCUCGACGUUCGCGGGAGUAG